GUUUAUUUUUUUAGGUUAAGAUCUAUUUCUUUGUUAUUGUUAUCACUUUGUUAUCAAAUCAUUCAAGCAAUUAAAUUUUUGAUAUAUUUCGUUUGUCUUGUAAAAAUAUAUAAAUAUAAUGGCAGAAUUAGCUCAAAUUAGAAAUUAUAAACUUAAGAUUAUAUUUUUGCUUCAUUUUCUUUUUAUCGCGUUGAGUUCCAUGGGGUACUGGAGCUCUAGCGCUUAUUUAUUUUACAAUAGUAUAUUAAUUGUGUUAUUAAUAUGGAGCCUUUACCACGACGAAAACCAUGAACCCAUACAAUUGGCUAUUGCCGUUAAUGGAAGUUCGAUAUUAUUGGACAUUUUACUUUUAGUUAUGGGAUUCCCUACGAAUGGUGACGCAAGAAAUAAAUUCUCAGCAGCAAUGGCUAUAUUACAUCUAUUAAUACGUCCUUUUAGUACAUUUUUUCUUAUUAAACUCUUAGAAGAACGUAGUGGUUCAAUGGGAUCUUUGACAGGACUUUUUCAGGGAGGUCAAGGUAGCAGAAGUGAAACUUACGAAGAUCUGGACAGACCUAGUGCCCCUCGGAACCCAGGAGUUUCUGGUGGUUAUGAUUUUUCCACUGCGCAGCAGAUAUAAAUAAAAAAGAUUUUAGAUGUAAGUGCAAGAUUAUAUUAUGAAUUAUUUCAUAGCAAUUGAUGUUAUAGCUACGUUUUUAUUAUUAAUUUAAGAAUUGUUUGUUUGUGAUAAAAAACUUUUGUUUUUGAAAGUCAUAGUUUACGAAGUGUUAAAUUUGGAUUUUUUAGGGGUUAUGGCAUUGAAUUAUUUCCCAUUUUUAAGAGAUUUGUCUCUAAUUUCAACAGGAAUUUCCUCUAUUCUGUGUAAUGUGGAUUUAAAUUUUCAAAUUGCGUUUUGUGUGACAAAAUGACAAGUUUAAAGACCUAGAACUCGAAAGUAGACAUUUCAAGCUUCCAAUUUACUAUCCCAAAAGAUACUCACUCAAUGUUGUCACAUUUUUUUGUUUUUUGAAAUGUUAUAUACUCAAGUACUUAGUUCUCAUGGCUCAAACAAACUUCCCCAGCUCUGGAUAAUUCCAAAUACUUUGAUAUGUCUCUCUAAAACAACAAAAAUUUCCUAAUCCCGUGAAAAACUACAUUUGACAAUAAUGCAAUUCCAUAUAUUUAUAUAAAACAAUGAUUCAAAUUUAUAUAGUUUUGGAGAAAACUUCCUUUGGCAACAUUGCCAUCUCAAUAUAUUCUUCAAUAGGUCAUCAUAUUUCCCCAGCUGCGAACAAAAAACAAGUUUGGCAACACUGCAAUCUCAAUAUAUUUCUCUGAUUAUAUAAAUUUUCCUAGUUUUGGGUAAAAUAUCAAUUGAUAACAUUGUAAAAUUGGUUCUAUAUUAUAAUCUUGUAUUCAGUAAUAUUACUUUGGUUAAAGAGAACAACAAAGUAAAGCUGCCCAGCUGUGGGUGGUUUGACAACACUGUAACUUAAUUCGAUAAGCAUAACUGCUCCGCUGGGGAAGAUUUACUGAGUAAUCAAAUUCUUCGCUAUCGGGAAAAUAUCGGUUUGGCAACACUGCAGUCUCUAUGUUUGUUUAUUUAAUGAUAUUACUUCAGUUAAAGAGAAAACUUCAUUUGGCAACAAGGUAAAACCGAUUUCAUAUAAAGUUAUUGAAAAAACUUACAUUUGACAACACUGCAAACUGAAAAUUCCGCUGAACCAAUAAAAUUUCCCCAUCUAUGAGUAAAAAUAGGUUUGUCAACACUGCUAAUACAUUACUUUUCAAAUUUUAUCGAAUAAUUUCUCGGCAGCUGGAUUAAAACUUUUGUUAUCAGAGAAUGAAAUGUUUUAUCAAAUAUAUUGAUAUCUGUGAAUAAACUCAUUUAAUACAACUUAAUACUCAUUAUAAUAAUGUAUAUUUAAAUAUAUUAUUAAUAUAGUUAAUGUGGAAAAUAAAAAUAAUUUUUUGUUAC